AUGACACAACACCUGAGAAAUGAGAAACACUGUCCUAAACAAGAGUUGUCAUUGUUUUCAGGACGCACUUUAGAUCUGAAGAAGAAGAAAGUUGCUUUAUUCAGCAGUGGACAGGAGCAUGUUGUGCUUGUGUCCAAGGCAGGAACAGUGUUCGAGUGGAAACGUUCAGAGUCCAACAUACCCAGAAGCUUCAGCAACUUGACUGACAGACAAAUUGCACAAGUAGCAUGUGGGAAUAAUCACUCAAUUGUUCUAACCAAAGAUGGUCAGUUGUUCACAUGGGGUGAAAACUCCAAUGGUCAGCUGGGUUUGGGAACCGAUAAGCCGAGCUCUCGGUGUCCUGAACCCCUGAAGUCUCUGUAUGGGAUCCCAUUGGCUCAGAUCAGCGCUGGAGGAGACCACAGCUUUGCCCUGUCUCUGUCUGGUACUGUUUUUGGCUGGGGCAAGAAUAGCACGGGGCAGCUGGGGCUUGGAGACUUGGAGGAUAGGCAUGUUCCUGCUUGUGUGAAGAGCUUAAAGCAAAAGAAGACUGCAUUCAUCUCAUGUGGAGAGGACCAUACUGCUGUUCUGACAAAGGGAGGAGUGAUGUUCACUUUUGGUUCAGGUUGUUACGGGCAGCUUGGACAUAACUCACUCAGAAAUGAGCUUCGACCUCGUGUGGUUGCUGAAUUCUGGGGGACCAAAGUGUCCCAUAUUGCAUGUGGAAGGUACCACACCCUAGCACUGGUGGGAUCAUCAAAAACUCUUUAUGCAUUUGGUUGUGCUGAACAACAGCAGCUGGGAAAUGAACAUAAGACCAAUCAGUGUGUACCAGUUUCUGUACACCUGCCACCAGAAUAUAAUUCAGAUCAGGCCGUUCAGAAAAUCAUUGCUGGAGGGAAUCUGUCUGUCAUCUGCUUCUCAAAACAGGUAAACAAUACCGAGUCAAAUCAGUGUUUAUUUGAGGGGACAGCUGUGUUGGAUAUGGAAAUUAUUGAUCGAUGGAUCUUAGCAAGCAACUCAAAAUCAUGGAAAAAUGUUAAACGGGAAAUCAAGAAAAUCUUCUCAUCAGCAUCAAUUAUCAAUGGAAGUUUCAUUGAGAAGAGUGGUGAUAAACAUUAUAAAACUGGGAGAGGUCAUUCUGGUCUUGAUUUGUCCUUGGCACGUCUUUCUUUCAUGAAGCUGGCCAAGAGGGAGAACAUUCUCUCAGAGAUUGUUGAAAGGGUGGAGAAGAAUCUGUUGCCCUCUCUGGGAUCCACUUCUGUUUCUGCAGAGGCUUUGAGAAUUUAUCUCAUCCUGCCUGAACUCCUUCAAGUGCUGAGCAAACAGCAACGUUGCUUACAGCUUACCAUCGACUUUGCAAGUGCCAUUUUACAUCUGGAUGAUGAGUCACAGGAUAUCUUAACAAGCCUGUGGACCAGACUACCUGAUAGCUACUUUGAAAUGCUGGUAAAGACAUUUCAUUCUGUGUGUGAAUACUUCAUGUCCCAAAUGAAAACAUCACCACUGAACUACUGGACUGAAGUAACACCACUGCUAAAGGUUCUGCAGAGGCUCUACACUAUUAACAGUCGGAGAGUCAGUCAACUGGCUGAUAAUCACUUCCACAUCAACAUAAUUACUGAAUUGUUCGUCUUGUUGACAUUGCAUCCCAUUUCUGAGCUGAUGGAUAUUCUAGAUGAAGAAAUCUGGGAAGCAUCUCAUCUCAGAGUGCUUCAAAGACAAUCAGUGUUUGGAAGUACAGUUACAUAUGUGAAAAUGAGAAAACAUAACUACACUCUCCCUUUAAAGGUGAAAUUCCUUUCAGAAGAUGGAAUAGAUCAUGGAGGAAUAUGUGCUGAGUUCUUCUCUCUACUUGGACAUGAGAUAACAAAACGCUCGGAUGUAAUUCAAGUGUUGGAUGACUCCGGGCUCUUCUGGUUCUCUACUGAGCCUUCCCGGGGUGUACUGUAUUUUAUCGGCAUCAUGUGUGGACUGGCCUUUUAUAAUCACCAUUUCAUGAACAUCGGCUUCCCGCUGGCACUGUUCAAAAAGCUGCUGAAUCACAGUCCAACUUUAAGUGACCUGGAGGAGCUAUCACCAGUGGAGGCUAGAUGUCUAAAAGAUUUGCUGUUUGAAGAUGAAGAUGUUGAGGAGGUGUUCUGUUUGGAUUUCACAGUGAAAGGACAGGAACUCAUUCCAAACGGAGCAGAAAUCCCAGUUACCAAUGUCAACAGGCAGAAAUAUGUGGACUUGUAUGUUGAUUAUGUUUUCAACAAGUCUGUGAAGCAUCAGUUUGAGGAGUUUGCAGAAGGUUUUUCUCGUGGAUGCCCCUUUGACUUCUGGAAGAUGUACCAGCCUGAAGAGCUAAAGGACUUGCUCUAUGGCAAGGCAGAAUACAAAUGGAAGGAAUUCCAAAAGGGUGCCACAUAUGAAUGCUGUUCACCAUCCGAUAACCUCAUCCAGAAUUUCUGGACUGUUUUCUUUGAGAUGGAUGAAGAACAUCAGAAGAGACUUUUGAAAUUCAUCUACGGGACGGACCGCUUGCCUGUAGGAGGACUGUCUAAAAAGCACCUGAAAAUUGUGAGAUGUUUCAGUGACGAUGCAGAUAACCGUUUCCCCUCGGCUCAGACCUGUUACGGCGUACUGCUUCUUCCAGACUACAGCAACAUAAAAAUACUUCGAGAAAAACUCACUGAUGCCAUCACAUUUUGUGACGUUUUUGGAAAUGCUUAA